AAAACACACAGAAGAUUCAGUGUGUCACAGACCCACCAAAACAUGAAACUUAAACAGAAGAAGUAAUGGACUACAGUCCUGAUCAGUCUCAUUCUUCCCCAGUAAAAACCCCGGGUACUGGUGUGCGAGACAGAGUUGCGCAGGUUUACUACAAACAUGGACUAUUUUGUUCAAGCCAUCCUUAUGCUGUGAUUUUAGGAACCUUGUUGUUUCUUGCUGUUUGUUGCUAUCCACUGAUCAACAUCCCCCUAAUGGGUAGCAGUCUGCAGCAGUUUUCUACAUCAGUCAAGGAUUUACAGGAGGAUGCUGAAACCCAGAUGCCAUCAGGAUCACCGCGAUGGUUUCAGGGCAAGCCUGUGGGAAUCGUCCAGCAAAUCAUUGUUAAGAGUGCAGUGUCACCAUGGACACAAGAUCUUAAUUUAAUGGAUGCGUUCAGAGGCCCAUUGGCAGAAGCUUUCCAAAUUGUAGAGACAGUCAGUAAUUUUCAUGUUUCCUCUGAGAACAACAGUGUGAGAUCUUUAAGUGACUUAUGUUUACAAGUGUAUUUGUUAGUGUUACCUUUUAUGCAGGAAAAACAGUGUGAGAUCUUUAAAUUUCAACAAGAUGGCAACAUUAUGAAGACUAUUCAUCUCCAGAAGGCUGAAACAGUUGAUCUUACAAGUCCUAAAGGUCAGUCAGUAGUAGAAGUUAAUCUUG